AUGGCUACCGGACUUUGCGAGAACUGUCAUAAGACGCCGAAAUUCGGUACUCAUAAGUACUGUGGCAAAACCUGCGCCGCCCAGGCGGCCACUGCGCAACAACCUGCGCGUCGCACGAAACCAGGACCACUUCCCAAGGCCAAAGUUCCUCUACCAGCCCAAAAACAAGUACGGCUCUGCGAUUAUUGUGGGCAAAAGCCGAAGUUCAGUAACUUUGAUUAUUGCGGUAAAUCGUGCGCGUCGAAAGCCGCUACUCCUCCUCCUGCGCAAUCUGCUGUUCAAGGACGACCUGCUCCGAAGCAAGGCGUCCGCCUUCCUGCUACUGCUCAGCCUGUACUGUUUCCUGCUCAGAUCCAGCCUAUCAAACCCUCUAAACCGGCAACGCGCCACGCAGCUUUGACUGUGACCAAAGAUGAGUCCAGCGACGAUGACGAUGACGACUACCCUGAUGCAGAUGAGGAAGACGAGGAUGAUACGGGCGCAGGCACAGACCUGGACGCGUAUCCGUCAGAUGAUGACGAAGAACCUGCUCCAGCUCCUCCGACUCGACCAGCCAAGGCUGCACACACUUCGCUGAAACAAAACCCAGCACGCCGUGCGGCUGGUACCUGUCUUGUCCCCAACUGUGGAAAACCGUCUUUCGUCGAUAGAGGUGGGGUGAAGACAGAUUACUGUUCCUCACGGCACCGAGAAGAAGCAGUGUCCCUGGGACUAGUUCCUGGAUGCAUUAUGUGCCAACGCUACCCACAGAGCGGAACAGAUUACUUCUGCUCCGCCGCUUGCAGAAACCAGUCUAUGACGAAAGUCUAG